AUGACAACUUAUGUUCGUGAACGGUUGGACAAGUUUCUUGCUGAUGAUGGUUGGGUGUCUUUAUUUCCAGAUUAUGAAGCUCAAAAUUUUCCUAUUUACAGUUCUGAUCAUGCUCCAACUAUGUUGUCUGUGAAGAAGAAGGACGAAUCUAAAGCAAGGAGCAAGAGCUUCCGGUUUGAGCCUCUUUGGCUUUCUCGGGAAGAAUGUGGGGAGAUUGUGGAUAGAAGUUGGAACACGAGUCUUGCUGUUAACAUCAACCAGAAAAUUGCUCGAUGUGGUGAGGAUUUGAGUUCAUGGGCGGGUAAGACUUUCGGCUCGAUCAAGAAGAAAAUAAAGAAGGUUGAACAAAAAUUGCGCGAAUUGAAAGAAGGUGCAAUGGAUGGGACGACUUUGGAGUUGUGUAAACUAUUAUCCGAGGAACUUGACUCCCUCUAUUUGCAAGAAGAAUCUUUGACUUUGGCCAACAAAUUAAAGGGGUUUUUAGGUGAUGUGAUCUCCCAAAAUCAGAUUGCUUUUGUCCCUAAGCUUCUUAUUACUGAUAAUGCAAUAGUUGCUUUUGAGAUCUUUCAUGCCAUGAAGAGAGAUGGUGAAGGGAAGGAAGGAAAUAUUGCGAUGAAACUUGACAUGAAGAGAGGUGGUGAAGGGAAAGAAGGAAAUAUUGCGAUGAAACUUGACAUGAGUAAGGCGUAUGAUUGUGUAGAAUGGGUCUUUUUGGGGAAGGUGAUGGAAAAAAUGGGUUUUUCCGGGGCUUGGAUUAAUAGAAUUAUGGAUUGCCUAGAGAGUGUUAAUUUUUCUUUCAAGAUUAAUGGACACAUUUCUGGUUCUAUUACUCCAUCUAGAGGGCUGAGGCAAGGUGACCCCAUUUCUCCAGCCAAUGUGCAAGAAUGCUCUGCUAUAGCUGACAUUAUCAGCAAAUAUGAGAGGGCAUCGGGUCAGAAAGUCAAUCUAAGCAAAACUGAGGUCACUUUUAACAAAAAAGUUCGCACUGUUAGGAGGGAGGAAAUUAUUGAGAUUUUAGGAGUUCAGGAGGUUGAGCGACAUGAAAAAUAUUUAGUCCUCCCUACAAUUAUUGGCAGAUCAAAAAAGGUGAUUUUUGCAGGGCUCAAGGAAAGAUUAUGGAAGAAGUUACAAGGGUGGAAGGAGAAAUUGCUUUCAAGACCGGGGAAAGAAAUACUUAUCAAAGCUGUGGCACAAGCAAUCCCGACUUAUAUGAUGAGUAUCUUAAAAAUUCCCGACACUUUAAUCGAUUAUUUCCACUCUCUUCUUGCUAAAUUUUGGUGGGGCUCGAAUGAUACUACUAGGAAGAUGCAUUGGCAACGAUGUGACCUUCUUUGUCAACCAAAAGGAAAUGGGGGUUUGGGUUUUCGUGACCUUCGAUGUUUUAAUAGAGCGCUACUAGCUAAGCAAUUUUGGAGGCUUCACCAUAAUACGGGCUCCCUGCUACAUUCGGUCCUAAAAGCAAAAUAUUUUAAGAGCGGUGAUGUUUUGACGGCGAAUGUGGGUUUUGAUCCUAGUUAUGCUUGGCGGAGUAUGUGGUGUGCUAAAUCCUUGUUGUUGGAGGGCUUGAAGUGGAGGGUUGGAAAUGGGAGUGCAAUUAACGUUUGGAGUGAUGCUUGGUUACCAGGUAAUACUUCAUCUCUAGUCCCAACUCCCUCGGUUGAUAGUGAUAUGGAUUUGAGAGUUAUUGAUCUGAUUGACCACUCGUGUAACUAUUGGAAUUUUGAAGCUGUAACUAACACGUUCAUUGCUGAGGAACGUGCUCUUGUGUUAUCAAUACCCCUGUCAAAUAGAAAUAUGAUUGAUUCCAUGUUUUGGUGGCCGAAUAAAAAUGGAGAAUAUAGUGUGAGAUCGGGGUAUUGGCUAUGUAAAAAUGGAGGAUAUUUUGAUAUGGGUGAUAUAUGGGAGAAGGUGUGGAAAGUAAUCUGGAAUUUGAAGACACCGCUCAAGCUUCGACACUUCUUGUGGAGAGCCUAUAAAGGUUUUCUAGCAGUUCGAGAAAUACUAAUUUAUCGCCACGUAAUUGAUGGAAAAAUGUGUGCUAUUUGUGGCAAUGGAGAUGAGUCUGUCCUUCACGCCAUGUUCGAGUGUUCGGCAACAAAUGAGAUAUGGAAUACAAGCACUUCAAGGACUUAA